GCGGGGUGGGUGUUUCCGCGGGGCGGCGAUGGCGGGGAAGGCGGCGGCGGGCGAGCCCCUGGGGCGGACGGCGGAGGAGGCGGCCUGGGCGGACACGCUGCGCGGGGCCUGCGAGCCUGAGCACCACUGGCGGUACCGCCGGGAGUUCCUGCUGCGCAACGUGGGGGAGCUGCCGGCGGCGGGCAGCGCCCAGCUGCAGCGGCUGGUGUCCCUCUCCAUGGUGUGGGCCAACCACGUCUUCCUGGGAUGCCGGUACCCGCCGCAGGUCAUGGAGAGGGCGAUGGAAAUGGCCGAAGGCAUCCAAGUGACCAACGCGCCUGUCCGCACCACGAGAGACGAACUGGUUGCCAAGGUGAAGAAAAGAGGCAUAUCAAGUAGCAAUGAAGGGGUAGAGGAGCCCUGCAAGAGACAAGCUGUGGAGAAAAGCAGAGACUCUAAGGAUGUUGGAAAGGAUGUGAAAACAACGAAGGCAGAAGGAGUGAAGGAAACAGAGAGCAUCUUGCCCAAAAAGCAGGAAAAAGGUACUAGCAAAGAUCCAGAAACUUCCCAGUCAACUUGCAGUUCAGAUCAAGAAAUGGUCAUAGUCUUAGACAGAGAAACAGAAGGAAAACCUGCUAAUGCUGAGAGUACUGCUGAGCAAAAGCCACCUUCAUCUGAAAAAGAGCCAGGAAAGAAGCCUUGCUCAAGCCCACCUAAGGAAAGCAAGUGUGAAAGUGUGCCAUCACCCGAAAAGAAAACUACAGUAAGUGUAGCACCACUGGCUGCCGAGGGCACCCCUCAGGCAGCAGCAGUGGAGGCAGCAGUGCCACCAGCUGCCAAGAGCACCCCACAGGCAGCAGCGGUGGCAGCAGCAGUGCCAUCAACCUCCAAGAGCACCCCACAGGCAGCAGCGGUGGCAGCAGCAGUGCCAGUGACCACCAAGAGCACCCCACAGGCAGCAGCGGUGCCAGUGACCACCAAGAGCACCCCCCAAACAAGUGCUGCAUUGCUGUCUUCCAAAACCCAGGUGGGUGCCCCAGCACCGGUGUCCAAGAACGGUGCUCAGAUGAGCAGCUCGCUGCUUCUGGCCUCCAAGAGCGCUGCUCAGGUGGGCACCUCGCUGCUGCUGGCUUCCAAAGGCCCGGCUAAGGUGGGCUCCCCGCUGCUGGCCUCUAAGAGCAGCGCGGAGGUGGCCGCCUCGCUGCUGGCCGCUCGGAGUGGUGCGCAGCCGGGCUCCUCGCUGCUCGCUUCCAAGAGCAGCGCUCAGGUGGCGGCUUCGCUGCUGGCCGCUCGGAGCGGAGCUCAGCAGGGGCCCUCCCGGGGUGGAGCUCAGGCAGGUGCUUCCCUGCUGGCCUCCAAGAGUGGCUCGCAGGCAGCUGAAAGCCCUGCGAAGGCUUUGUGCAAACCCCUAACCAGCGAAGAUGCAAAGGAAAGACAGCCUUUUUUCAACAGACUCUACAAAGCUGUAGCCUGGAAACUGGUUGCUGUUGGAGGCUUCAGUCCUAAUGUAAAUCAUGCAGAACUUCUAAAUUCAUCUAUUCAGUCUGUAAAAGCUACGUUAGAUGUUGCUUUUGUUCCCCUGAAGGAACUUGCAGACUUGCCUCAAAAUAAAAGCUCUCUAGAAAAUAUCGUUUGCGAACUGAGGUGCAAGUCUGUCUACUUGGGUACUGGCUGUGGUAAAAGUAUGGAAAAUGCCAAAGCAGUGGCUUCAAGAGAAGCUUUGAAAUUAUUCCUCAAGAAGAAAGUUAUUGUGAAGAUAUGUAAAAGAAAAUACAAAGGUAGUGAAAUUGAAGAUUUGGUGCUUCUGGAUGAAGAGUCAAAACCUUCAAAUUUGCCUCCAGCUUUAAGAAAUCCUCGUGAGAUCUUGUAGGGGAGAAUCACUGUUUGUACUCUGUAUAGUAUUUCAACACAAGGACUGAAGGUUAAUUUUGUACUUUGAAAAUGUAGGCUUCCAGAUAUUUUGUAUUUCUUUCUCAGUUUUGCAAGACAAUGAUAGUUCUUUCACUUGGUAGCAAUUGUAUAAAACUUGUUAGAGAUGACAAGUGCGCAUUUAAAGGUAUUGCCUUAAUAUACAGCACGCUAGUGUGCUGUUGUAUUUGCAAAAUAGUCUACCUAACUCUUCUAUUUUUAAUUAAAUAUUAAGGUACAAUUUGCUGUUUAAAACCUGACGUUUUUGUAAUUCUUACAAUUUGAUGGUAGUGUGCUCAAUUGUCUACCAUAUCUUUUCUAGGCUCGUAGAAGUGUGUACAUAGGGACCAUAAUACUUGAAUAAUUGAAAGUUGUUUAAAAAUUUCAAUCAAAUUUGAAAUAUGUGUUUCAGGCUUGUUGCUCAUAAUGUUCACUGUUGCUCAUACUAGGAGAGAAAGUAGUUGGUUGACUAUUUUUAUGGGAUGUUUUCAUAACACUUGCAAUAUAAGUGAAGUCCUGAUCCCAUUUAACAUUAUGCUAUCAGGUUAGAGCCCUUUUAAUAUCACAUUGGCAAAUUAGCAAUUAGCAGUCAAGUCACAGCUAUUUCGGCCACCAAAACUGUAAGGAGAUUUAAUUUAUAUGGUGAAGUAUCAUUUACAGUUUUGUUUGGUACUUUUUUUCCCAAAUGAACAUGGAUCUCUAUACUAAGUAUAUUUUGACUGCUACUAAAACAAUAAAACCUCUGUGAUAAGCA